GUCCUAUCACACUUGCGACUUGUCAGUCUUUCAAGUGAGUUAGUGAUAAGAGUUUAAAACGUUUCUUGCUUGACAAGUUUCAUUGAAUGUAUCGAUCAUUAUGUUUUUCAAACAUUGCUAAAAAUAUUUAUCAUUGUGAAGGUUCGAGCGUAUAAGUGAACUUAUAUUUAUUUGAAUAAAAUAGUAAAAGGACGAUAGAAUAUUGCGAGUGCUAGCUUCUCAAGUAAUCUGUGGAAGGCAAGCAAUAUACCUAUAUAUGAAGAGCAGAGCCACAUUGAAAAAUGUUAUUCUUAUGAAUGCUAUUUUUUUCUCUGAUAUUAUUUUAUUCAUCAACUAUUAUUGGAAAAAACAGCAUCUACUGCUAUUUUUUCCCAUCUGAAAUAAUCGAAAGAACUUCAACAUGUCCAGCAAUAGCAACGUUAAUACAGUUCUUGGGAAAGUUUCUGUUCACAAGUUGGGAAGAACGCUAACUCAUGAACAUGUGACACUCAGUUUUGAUAAAUUUUUCUCCCCACCGCCAAGACAUCUAGAAUCCUAUUUAAGUGGAGGUAUUUCGCUCGAGAAUGUUGGAAUUGUAAGACAAUAUCCAUACAGCUGCAAGUACAAUUUAGAGUUCAGGGGACCUGAAGUCGACGAAGCUGUAAUUGAGGAUCUAAGGUUUUUUAAGAAAUGUGGUGGUGGAACCAUAAUUGAGAAUACAACUUAUGGCCUGAACAGAAACAUUCCUUUGAUGCUUAAAGCAAGCAAAGAGACUGGAGUCAAUAUAAUUCUCGGCACAGGGUAUUAUGUGAGUGGAGUUCAAGGCAGAUCAGCGUUAAGUAAAAGCUCAGAAGAAAUGUACAACUAUAUGAAAGCCGAAUUGCUUGAUGGAUGUUUAGGAUUUCCUGAUGUCAAGUGUGGUAUGAUUGCGGAGCAAGCCAGCUCUUGGCCAAUAGAUGAUUUUGAGAAGCGAGCGAUUGAGAGUGCAGCCCAAGUGCAGUCGGAGGUGAACUGUGCGGUGAGCUUCCACCCAGGCCGUGACCAGCAGGCUCCCUUCGAGAUACUGCGCAUAUUUCAGGAAGCCGGAGGCAAGGCUAGCAGAACUGUCAUGUCGCAUCUUGAUAGGACGCUAUUAACAGAGGAGUCGCUAUUGGAGUAUGCGGCACAAGGAGGUUACUGUCAGUUUGAUCUGUUCGGGACGGAAUGCUCACUUUACCAACUGAAUCCAUCCGUCGACAUGCGGUCUGAUGCACAGAGAAUCGAUCAAAUUAUUACCAACUUUAUAAUGCAAGGAAAUGAUUCUAUAUUGGGAAACUUCUCAAUAAUAUGGUUCAUACAUUUUCAGAUGAAAUUCGGAGGCCAUGGAUUUUCACAUCUACUGACCAGUGUGGUGCCAAAAAUGCUUGUGAAAGGUAUAUCACAACGACAAAUCGACAAGAUUCUCAUGGAUAAUCCGGCCUCUAUGCUGUGUGGCUGACAAACAAAGGACCAAGUAGGCUACUUCUAUGACAUUCACAUUCAUUUUGAACUGUUAUUGUAUCGAUUGAAUAGGAAGCAUUGAUGAUUUUAAUAGAAAAUACUGAUAGCUUAAAGUGAAACUCACUGUAUAAAAUUGACAACAUAUACAAUAAAGUGAAAAAUACUAUACGUGAUAAUAGGGAUGUUACCAAGUCAACAAAUCCACAGAUAGAAAACGGACAACUUCAUUUGAUUCAUUAUCUGAAUGGGAAAUACUUUCAAAAUAGAAUAAUGAAAUUUCACUUUUUGUGUGAUUGA